AUGCAGUCCACCUUUACACUCGACGACGGUGCGUCGUCGACGUCAUCCAAACGGCGCCGGAAGUCGGGCGAUUCGUCGCAGCCGGCACCGCCCAGCCGCAUCGGUGGUUCGUACCAGCGCACCAAAGCGCCGUCGGCCUGCCUGGUGUGCCGAACACGCAAGACCAAAUGUGACAAUGUGCGACCGAUCUGUGGUUUCUGCCAACGAACAGGCGGCGACUGCCACUACGCCGAGCCGGAGCGGUCUCGAUUCGACCCGGCCAGUCUCGCCAUCCUGCAGCAGCUCGAUGACCUCAAGUUGAUUGUGCAGGGCCACACGUUGAUUCUGCAACAGCAGCAGCAGCAGCAACAACAACAACAACAGAGUCAGCCAGAAGCCGUUACCGGACAAAGUCCCUGUCAAGCCUCGCGCCAGUCGUCGAUUGGAACCAGGAUUGGUCGCGGAGAAAUUGCUGGUGGCUUCUCUGGCUCCUCGAUGCCGGUCAACCUCUACGGACAAUUCGACGGGACGGACGACCUCGUCUCGCCGACGACGCUCGACAAGCCGGCAUCGGUGUAUUACGACUUUGGCCCCGACUCUAGUUAUGCCCACCCCCACCGAAACAGCGACGGCGGACAGAACGGAGCGCAGAAACGCAGCGCGCGCCAGGCCUUUGAUCGCUAUGCCGCACGUGUGCAGACCGACACGGACAUGCCCAUUGGCACCGAAGCCAUGCUCAACGCGUCGGCUGACAUGGGCAUUGAGGCGAUGCUGCGCUGGCCCGUGUUCAAACGAAAGCUGGAUGCCCUCAAGAUCGCAUCGCACGCGUCGGUCGUUUCGCUCAUGGAGACGCCAGCCUCGUGCACCGCCGCCGACACUAUGGACGGCAUGCCGCUGAAGCCGCUCGACUCAUUUGGCCAGCCGGACUUUGUCAGGCGCACACGCGUUCUCGAGCUCGUCGACAACUUCCUCGUCAACAAUAAUUUGAAGAACCCGAUUCUGGGUCCAGCCGCACUGCGUGCCGAUGCCGAGAUCUUUGCGGCAUCUCCACUGGCCUGGACCGGCCGGAAUUGUCUGCUGGUGGCCAGCCGCCGCGUCAAGGUCGACCGUACUGAUCCGGCUUUUUCCAUCGCCGAGGCCUAUUUCCACGAGGCGCAGCAGAGAAUGGGAUGCCUAAUAUGCGCCGACUCAUUACUCGCUGCUCGGUGCGGUUUCCUGACGGGCGUCUACUUGAUGCAUACACUACGAAUCUUACCAGCGUGGAGGGCCUUCGUCCAGGCAGGCUCCAGCUGUGUCUCCUACUUUAUUGCGCACAACCGCGUCGACACCGUCCCCAACGAUCCACGAAACAACCUCGGCAACGGCGACGGUCCCACUGCGCCAAUGCGCCGUGGCGAUGUACCCUCCACGUCAACCGAGCGAGCUUUGGAGGAUGCGCUCUACUGGAGCGUCCUCAAGAGCGAAGUCGAACUGCGGCUGGAGCUCGGCCUGCCUGGAUCUGGCAUCAAUGCCAUCCGCUAUCCGCACGUCUUCCCCUGCGUGCCCGACAUGGAGAUAGACGGCCGCGAGCUGAGCGUCGACAGCGGCGGCUUUCUUGUGACGAACCAGCCUGAGGUCGAUCGGUCCCACCUCACCUUUGGAUGGUUCUUCUUCUUGGCUGAGAUUACGUUGAAGCGGCUCAUGUACCGCAUCAUCAACAGCCGGUAUUUGCUGGGACUCGAUGCCGACGUAGAGCAGGCAUCUAGGCCACACACCGAGGAGGGAAGCAACGGCACAGACGAGCCUAACAUGCGAAUCGAUCCCGCAGCACUAGACACGACGGAGUUCGACUUGCAGUUGGAGCAAUGGAUGCAGCUGCUGCCGCCGGCCAUGCGGUUUCCCGACUCGUGGCGGGAGCCUCCAUCUGAUAUCCUACCAUGGGUCCUUCGUGGCCACGGAAUCGACGCCGUUGAGCUGCUGCGCUUCCCGGCCUUUGCUGCGGUCAUGAAAGUCGAGUCGCCGCUGGCACCCCUCAACGCCUGGACAUCCGCACCAGUCAGCCAAUAUUCCGAAGCCACGCGACAGAAUCUCGUCCGACUGGUGCGCGACUACCUCCGCAACUCUGUCGACCGCAUCGAAGCGAAUGCAAACGGACUCGCCCAUCGGCACCAGGGUUCAUGGCUUGCCAUCCGCAGCUGUACUCGCAGUGCUCUUGCUCUGGUCGGGACACGACUGGCCCUGCAGGAACAGCGGGACCUGGCCGUUAUGCACGGAUUUGGCGUUGGCAAUGCUGCAAACAGUGCCUCUUCGCCACGCUCUACUCUCCCCGACUCGCUCCUGCCGCCGCGAUGGAAGGACGGUGUCCAGCUCGUGUGUGAUAUACUCAAGGCGUGGGCGCCGGAAGGGCGAGACGUGGCACACCUGGCAGUUGUUUUGGGUGGACUAUUUUCGUUGUGUGACGAUAUUGAAUAG